UUAACUUUGAAAAACCGCUGACCGGAUGUUGUCCCUGUUUCACUCUCUUAGUGAUGCUGUAGAAAAUGACGGUCGGACCCGAGGAACCAUCUGCGCCGUUCGCCCCGACGGUAGUUUGAGCGGCGACGGAGGCGGAGAGCGGACCAUGCGGCGUGAUCCCGGCCGGGCCCAGACACGGGGGACCGGGCGGCAGUGAGCUCGUCCACGCCGGUUCGGCCUCGCGCCCGCGAAGCGGAUGGAAACGUUGCGCCAGUCUCGGCGUGUUUGGGGAGGGUGAAAGCGGAAGACUUGCGCAUCGACGGACCGCAAAGAGGCGCUGCACAAAAAAGAAAAAAGAAAAAAAGGAAAAGGGAGCCCCGGCAGCCGCCCGGCCUGCAGCUUUAUUUCAACAUGCGUCUGCACCGCGGCCGCUUCAGAAGGGACUGACGAUUAAACGCAGCUCUAUUAACACACGAGCCUCUCCUGCUGUAUGGAGCCACAGCGAGAUUUAAACAUCAUUAUCCGCCAAGCAAACGCCGACUAAGAACAACCCUACCCAGAGAUACACACACACACACACAUACCCACACACGAUGGCAAGUAGGAGGAAGUCCACCACGCCUUGCAUGGUGCCUCCCCAGGAGACCGUCGACUCCGACCAGGAGAUGGAGGACAUGGCGGACAACGCCGAGGAGGUUUCCGGCAACGGAGCGGGCGUAGGCUCCGCGUUGGAAAUUUCCAGCUUCUUCGAGGAGAGGGACGAGGAGGCGGAUGGCAAGCAGGUUUCCAAUCACUACAUGGACUCAAACUCGGCGGAAGGCGGCUACGAGUGUAAAUACUGCAGCUUCCAGACGUCUGAGCUCAACUUGUUCACCGUGCACGUGGACACGGAGCAUCCAGACAUAGUUCUCAACUCCUCCUACGUCUGCAUGGAGUGUGACUUCCACACCAAGAGAUACGAUGCCCUGCUGGAGCACAACGCACGCCACCACCCGGGCGAGGAUAACUUCACACGGACGAUGGUCAAGCGCAACAACCAGACCAUCUUCCAGCAGACAGUCAACGACCUGACCUUUGACGGCAGCUUCGUCAAAAUGGAGGAGGAGGAGGAGGCCGAGGAAACCUCCUGCCGGGGCAUUGCUCUCAGCAAGACGCCAAUCAUGAGGGCCAGGUGCAGGACAGAGCCCAAGAAGUUCACCUCCAUUGCAAGCAAGAUGAUUGCCAUAGACACUGAUGACAUCAUCAAAGUGGAGAGCGAUGAGGACUACGAGGACGAUGACAAGGAGCCACCCACGCUCUCACCCGCCCCAAUGGCCGCCAUCAAUGCCCCCCCACCACGGCUCAUGGCCGUUUCCACACCGACAUCCAUACAGGUGCAGCCCGUCCAGCAGAGCAUCGUGGUCAACAGCCCCAACGUGCUGCAGAUCAAGACGGCUGCCAACUCGGGUGGUGCCACCGUGCUCCCCCCGGGGACGCUGGCCCAGGUCCUGUCGGCCCUUCAGAACCAGCAGAGUGGUUCGCAGACCCAAACCCAGCUCCUCAUCCCUGUCAGCAGCAUCCCGACCUACAACACCGCCAUGGAUAACAAUGUCCUGCUGGUCAGCGCCUACAACAGGUUCCCCUAUCCCUCCGUCUCAGAGAUCAUGGGCCUCUCGUCGCAGACCAAGUUCAGCGAGGAGCAGAUUAAAGUCUGGUUUUCUGCCCAGCGGCUGAAACACGGAGUCAGCUGGACGCCUGAAGAGGUGGAGGAGGCCAGGAGGAAGAAGUUUAAUGGCACCGUGCAGGCUGUGCCCCAGACCAUCACUGUCAUCCCUGCCAACAUUGCCACGGCAACCAACGGUCUCCAGUCUAUCUUCCAGACCUGCCAGAUCGUUGGCCAGCCGGGCCUUGUCCUCACCCAGGUCGCGGGUAACGGGAACGCUGUCCCAGUAGCCUCCCCCAUCACCCUGACAGUCGCCGGCGUCCCCGGUAACCAAGCAAAGGCAGCAGAACCGGCCGGGUCCGAAUCAAAAGCCCAGGUUUCCACCUCGUCGGCGUCUAACAUGCCACUCACCCCAGAUCCACUUGGGGCCAAACCCAAGAAGUCCAAGGAGCAGCUGGCAGAGCUGAAGGCGAGCUACAGCCGGAGGCAGUUCGCCACAGAGGCAGAGAUCUCGCGGCUGAUGCGGGUCACCAACCUCACCAAGCGGGCCAUCAAGAAGUGGUUCAGUGACACGCGCUAUAACCAGAGGAACUCUAAGGACCACCACGGGGCCACGCUGUGCGAGGUCUCGGCAGCUGUUGCCACAGUGACAGGAACAGAAGUUGGGGUAGGCGGAGGAAGGGGCGGCGCUAAGAGCAGCAGCGCCAGUGCUAACACUAGCAGUAAUGGUAACAACAACACCACCAUUGUCAUCGAUUCGAGUGACGAUGCCAGCGACUCCUCCCCGACCACGGCCAAUGCCCCAGGCUCUUCCUCUUCCUCCUCCAGCGACCCGCGGGUCAAGUUCCGCCACGCCUUUCCAGACUUCACGCCCCAGAAGUUCAAGGAGAAGACUCCGGAGCAGCUGCUCAUCCUGGAGGCCAGUUUUCAAAAAUUGGACACCCCUUCGGAUGAGGAGCUCAGCCGGCUACGGGCGGAGACCAAGCUGACGCGCCGUGAGGUGGACGCUUGGUUCACCGAGAGACGGAAAAUGCCCCCUGCCACAGAGCCCAGAGAUGGAGAGGUCAAAUCAGCAGAUGGGGACACAGACAAAGCCAAAUCGGUCACUACAACCAGCUUCUCCUCCCCCUUUUCUUCCUCUUCCUUGGGCACUCCUGAGCGUCAGACCACUCCCCCCUCAGCCAAGAAGAUGAUGAAGAAGACCCCAGAGCAGCUCCACAUCCUAAAGAAGGCCUUCGUCCGCACACAGUGGCCAACACCGGAGGAAUAUGACAAGAUGGCGAAGGAAAGCGGCCUUCCACGGACUUACAUCGUCAACUGGUUCGGGGACACGCGCUACGCCUGCAAGAACAGCAACCUGAAGUGGUACUACCUCUACCAGAGUGGAAAGGUGGACGAGGCAUUGAACGGCGGAGCAGCCAAGAACCAGCGGAAGUCGAGGAAGCGCUUCCGGGGCUGGUCCAGGAGGACGCGCCGACCGUACCCCUGCAAACGCUCCCCACAGGGGGGCGUCACUGCCAUCAAGGUCAAGACGGGCAAGGCCUUUCUAAAGGAGCACUACCUCAAACACAGGGCCUUGCAGGAGAAGGACCUGGACGAGCUGGUGAGCAAGUCCAGCAUGAGCUACCAGCAGGUCAGGGACUGGUUUGCUGAGACGGCCCGGAGAGCGGAUGAGGGCAAGGAGCCCUUCAGCGAGGAGGAGGAGGAGGGGGAGGUGGGAGAGGAAGAGGAGGACGAGGAGGGCGAGGAGGAGGUGCCUGCCGACAGUGAGGGAGAGAUGGAGGUGAAGGAGCAAGGGGAGGAGGCCACAGAUGAUGACCACAACGAAGAGGAGGAGGAACAGGAGAGGGACGAGGAAGAGGAGCGGAAGGACGGUGGAGUGGUAGAAGAAGAAAAAGAAGAGCUGCAAGGAGUCAGCCAAUCGGAGCCUGAGGGGGAGGAGCAGACGUGAGUAGGUGCGUUUUUGGCGUCGUUUCCUUCACGGCAGAGUGAUAUCAGGGUCCCCGACGCGGGAGGGAGUUGAGAACCGCCGCCAUGUGGAAAGCCAAGACGGGAGGACGAGGCGGGAGUGUCGGGAUUGUUUUCGGGGCUGUCGAACUCCGGGGGACCAACGGGACACGACGAACACACACACACACACACACAAACACAAACACACACACACACACACACACACACACACACUCUCUGAAAGCCCCCCGACCGAGCCGCGGCAUGCAGGCCGGCGAAGCUUCAUCCUUACAGCGGUCCUCACAUGUGGCUGAGCGCUGCCAUCACCGCCAUCAGCAGCGGCUAUUUAGGUCACUGUGUGCAUAUAUGUAUACACAAACACACACACACACACACACACACAGAAACACACACAUCGGCACAUGCAUGAACGCAUCACAACCCCCCCCACACACACAUCUAUACACAUCAAAUGUAUGAUAAGAGACAACGCAUGCACAUGUGCUGACGUGCUGAUGCAGUAGGGAGGCUGCAGGAGGACAAAAGCAGCCAGACAAAACAAGCGACGCUCAUAAUCAGCCUGCCAGUGGCUCUUCUACUUGUGUGUGCAGGAGAUUGUCAACCACACACACACACACAUAGAUAGACACACACACACACACACACACACACACAUUUACACUUACAGCGACUUCUGAGUUAAUUCUGUCUCGCACACACACACACACACACACACACACACACACCCCAUAACACACACACACACACACCCCAUAACACACACACACCCCAUAACACACACACACACACACCCCAUAACGACGACAAACACUUUGCGCCAAACACCAUCGGCAAAGGUAGAGCGCACCAGAGUCACGUUCAGCUCUGCGAUUGUUUGGUGAAAAAAAUGACCAGGCUUUUAUUUUGUGAAAAUAACGGGGCUUUUAUUUUUGGCCCUCUGGUGUUCUUUUUAUUAUCGGACAAAAAAACAAAAAAAAAAUAGAGAAAAAAAAAAGGUGAUAUUUUACGGUUAAUCUUGUUAGUUUGUAUAAGGACAGUUUGUAAAGGGGUCAGACCUCGCAUCUAAAGGCUAACUUUUCAACAGCGGCAGCCCCGCCUCCACUCUGCUAGUCCACGUUGUGGAUCCUCUCGGAAGAAAAGGUUUUUAAAACUGAAGUUUUUUUUUUUUUUUUUUUUGUGAAUAGACUAAUAAAAUCAGUGCCAUUCUG